UUGUGAAUCUCGUAGUUUAGUUCUGGUAAUAAAGCCACAUGUCUGGAAUAGUACAGAUAAUUACAGUAAUAAGAAACAUAAAAAUAGUACUUUGGUUCCUUCGUACUAGCUAGCACUCUAGACAUGCAAUAGCGCAAAAUGUUUUAGGUGAAGAAUAACAGAAACUAACUGUAAAUGAAAUCGAAACCACUAAAAUUACUACGGUAUAAGUGAUGUCAAGGCCACUCUGCACGUGACAUCAAUCGUGAUAUCAAUCGUGAUAUUACGUGCUAUAUAUCUAUAGUCUGCACAAAAGGUCCACCUUCCAAGAAGACGAAGCCUCCCUACAGUCGGAUUCAAAAUUUGACAAUCAUUUUGAUACCUCACAGGUAGAAUUUUGAAUUCACUUACUCAAAUGGAAGAAGAAAUAAGUAAACAGCGGAAACCUACGAAAUGUUUGACCUCGGAGCGAUUUCGUCGCUUUGUGUAUUUCAUGGCAAUAUUGAGCAUGCUCUCUUGCAUUGCCGUACUGUUUGUGUCACUGGUGUCCAUGCAAAGGCGAAUGUCUUUACUUGAAAGCAAGCUCAGUGAAAUUUCUGAAGAACUCAAACAAGUCCGGUUCAAGAAUGACGCUAAAGAAUCCUCCAGCGCUGUGCACGUAAGACAUAAGCGGAAUGCUAAUCCAACAAUGACUUUGGCUGACCUUACCAAGAGAAUUAUCGCACUGGAAAGCAGGUCCACGCUUCGAGGUCGAGACGGAAGAGAUGGAAUGCCAGGACCUCCCGGACCUGCUGGACGGGACGGUAGAGAUGGAAGAGAAGGUCCCUCGGGACCUCGAGGAAUUGCGGGACCAAAAGGUGAUGUUGGUCGAGUAGGAGGUCCUGGGCCCCAGGGACCUGCUGGACUUCAAGGAACAAUGGGACCAGAAGGACCGGGGCUGUCAGGUGUGAGUUACAACCGCUGGGGACGUACGAACUGCUCAGGAGAUGCCGUUACAGUGUACACAGGCGCAAUGGGUGGUGGAUACUACACUCACACUGGCGGUGGCACUAACUACGUCUGUCUCACCGACAAUCCCAUUUAUGACAAGUUCCAGAGUGGGUGGCAGGGUACAGCAGGAAUGUACGGUACUGAAUACCAAACAUCAUUCGCGGGCUUCACCACAGGCAGUCUUCAUCAGCAUGACGCACCGUGUGCUGUGUGCUACGUCAGAUCACGUGGGUCCCAAGUGAUGAUUCCUGGAACCAACAAGUGUCCUUCAGGUUGGACCAGAGAGUAUUAUGGGUAUCUGAUGACCUCUCACUACGACCAUGCCCAUCCUAGUGAAUUUGUGUGCGUCGACGUAGAUGCCGAGGUCUUGCCCGGGAGCCACAGAGACACAGAUGGGGCUUUGUUAUACGUAGUACAGGGUAACUGUGGGCACGCGACCUUACCAUGCAAGCCGUACAUUCAUGGAUAUGAACUGACCUGUGUUGUUUGUACUAAAUAGUUAGCUCACCAAAAUGUGAAACAAAAAUAACAUAGUCGAGCUGUAAUGGUUGUUAGUAAUAUACCAAAAUGUUACUCUCUGUAAACCAAAUUAUAAAUGUAAUUCCUUUCUAGGCUUGGCCACAGAUAAUGAAAGGAAAUGGUUAUGAAACCUCACAAGGUU